AUGAAGUCUGCUUACGAAAAAUGGACACCCUCUGUUGUGUCGUCGCAACUUCAGGAAAUAGGUCUUGGUAAUUAUGCUCAGGAAUUUGUUAAGCAAGAUAUUUAUGGCGAAGUUCUUCCGAUGCUUCAAGAUAAACACUUAAAAGCUUUAGGUAUGAAUUUAAUUGGUCAUAGAAUUCAAUUUUUGAGAUUUGUUAAGUCAUUGACAGGAAAUACACCAGAAACAAAGGCUGAACCAAAGCGCUCAUCAUUCAGAGAAAAUACAACAUCAAAUUCAGUAACUACCCAGAAGAGAGCAACACCAACUCAGCAACACGAUGAAUAUGAUGAUAUUUCUCCUCGUUUUAGAAGUGGAAGCAAUGAUAGAUUUGAUAAUUCACCUUACGGCAUUCAAAAUUCGAGACAGCAAAAUACAAGGAAUCAGCAGCCAAAGAAACCUGCUUACUCUGCAUAUGAACCUGUAGAAGAAGAAGAGGAGGAAGAAGAUACAGGAUAUCAUUACAAACCAUAUGCCAGAGAUACAAAGAAGACGACACCAUUCCAGAGUACUACAAAGAAGACAUAUGACUAUAAUAAAUCAGAUUCAGAUGAUGAUAAUUACGGAAACUUCAAUAAGAGGCCAACGCAAGCCCGUCCUCAACCGAAACAAACUUAUGAUCAAGACUUUGACGAAAUGGAUGAGGAUGCUGUAUUCAAUCGCAAGCCAAAGCAAAAUCCAAAUCAAAUCACAUCUUCUUACGUAAAUCAAAGAUCCAAUGAAAGAUUCAAUCAAGGAUUUGGCAACUCCCAUCAUAACAACUUCGAUGAUGACGAAGAAGAGGAAGAAAAAGAUAAUUAUCGCAAUGAUUAUCAACAACGUUAUGGCCAAGCGCAGCAAAAGCAAACCAGACAGCCAUAUAAGCCACAGCCAAAGCAAAAUCAAUUUGCAAACAGCUCUGAUGACGAACAAGAAGAUAAUUAUUACAACAAUCGUCCUCCAUCCAGAAGCACAUCCAGAAGCCAACCAGCUCCAGUGCCCCAAGAAAAUCCACCAUCUCCAUAUGCCGAUGACAAUGUUGAACUUGUCGAAUGCUCCAUUUGUGGCAGAAGAUUUGCUGCUGACAGAAUUCAAAAGCACGAAGAAAUUUGCAGGAAAUCAGCAACAAAGAGAGAGAUAGGCAGAUACAAACCGGGUAGAUUAUAUCUUUACAAAUGCUGGUAG